CUUGUCUUGUUCUCAACUGGUUUUCAAUGUUACUAUUUCCAAAUUUCUACCUUGAUCAUCACUUCUUCUACUAGUCUUGGUUGUCUCAAAACAGAGCCGGUUGACUUGCUUGUAUCUUCAUGAACAACAAACUAAUUCAAGGCAAGUAGUGUGAGGUCAAAAGAUAGAAGUAAAAAAAUGGCAAUGUCACUGGAGGAGCUUCUGGCUGAGGAAGGAUUUAAGAGGAGAAAGGACAAAAUGAAGGGCAGAGCUUCCUUUGCUUCCGAGCGUCCUCUGCUGGCUGUGAGAAGAACUGAGAGGACGAGAUCUGAUAUACCUCGUACCGAUUCCAACGCUGAAUUUUCAACAAGUGGCAGCUUCUCAAUGAGGAAGCCAAGGGACAAUGAACCUGAUAAAGCUAUUGCUUCAUAUGAGCAUCUGCGUGGUCCGGAGAUAACUGAGGUGAUUCAAAGUGAUGAGGGAAUGGAGAGGCUUCAUAAAGAUAUGCACUCGACUAAAGUUCAUGGCCGCGUCAAACAUGAAGGGAAUCAUUCAGCUCCUUUGGAUGAUAUAGUGAUGGAAAAUCAGAAAGAUAGGAACAACUCCUUUAAACAUACUUAUCCUCAUGCUGAAGGAAGAUCAAACAAAGUUGUUGAAACUGGAAGCAAGUUUGAUGAAAGUAGAAGCAUUAGACAAAACAUGAUUGACGAGGCUCAAGCUGCCCCCGCUCUUGAUGAAGCUGCUGUUAAAGCAAUCAUUUCUAUCAUCAGUGGGCACGCGAAGCGGUUUCUUGAUGAUGAGGAUUUCAGGACAUCCCUUCAUCAUAAUACCUUUGCUUCCCUAAAUUUGAUUGGAUCCGAUGAAAGCCUGAGCACUGAAAGCAAAGUCGUAGGAAAUCUCAAAGAGGCUAUCGAGACCAUUGAAAGAACUGCAGAGGAGGAGAGUGCAAACUUAAAGGAAUUGAAAAGGGCUUCACUGCAGCUUAGUGUGAUCACAGGAUUAAACUCGAGUGAUCUGAAGGAUGGAGUUCCGAAUCUAAGGUUCUCGGCUUGUGCACAUCUUUAUCUCAGUGUAAUAUAUGUGCUGCAGAAGAAGGACAAGGUUGCAGCAAAACAUCUUCUUCAAGUAUUCUGCGACUCGCCAUUCCAGGCACGAACAAUGCUGCUGCCUGAUUUGUGGGAGCAUCUAUUUCUUCCUCAUCUCUUACAUUUGAAGGUGUGGUACGAUAAGGAAACUCACUCGGUGGUAGACUCCCCAAGUAUUAUGAAUCUGAAGCUGCUUGACAAAGCUUAUAACGAAAGUAUGGAUUCAGGAACGUGUCGAUUUGCAAUGUACUAUAAAGAUUGGAUGAUAAAUGGGGAGAAAGAACCUUCAGUCCCUGUCAUUGGAAUUCCUUCUUUCUCUAUUCACUCGAUGUUAAGGGGAGGCUUGCUAGGCCAUACAAGUAGUCCUGCUAGUCACGUCUCGCCUCAGCCAAUGGUCAGUAAAGAACUGUAUGUUGAAGUGUGUAAGCAUGCAGAUAAGCCGGGAGUUGAAUCAGAUUUCGACGAAGAAGAAAAGUUUGAUAGAAGCUCAAAUGGUCCAGCUCCACAAGACAAACAACUAAUCUUGUGCACUCGUGCCUCAAGUGUACGAGCAGAUAAAGAAGUCGACCCUGUUCGGGAAUCUCCCCCCGAAAAUGAACGAGUGAUCAUGCAGAUAAAAGAACCGGAGCUUCCAAUACAAGAAUUGCAGGAAAACUAUGAAUCCUGGAACGGAAAACAUGUUCGAUAUAGCAUCCCUAAGGAUUUCGUAUGCCCCUUGACAGGUCUUCUUUUUAGAAAUCCAGUGACUCUCGAGACUGGUGAAACUUUCGAGCAAGAAACUAUAGCAGACUGGUUUAGUACUCAAGGGUGCUUCAUGUGUCCAGUUACCAGAAAAACUUUGCAAUAUCAGGCUGUGCCACCAACGAAUCUCAUUCUGAAGCGUAUUAUCGAUAAAUGGAAGACGGAUUAUAUCGAACAUAUCUUGGCUCUACUCUCACAAGUAACAUCAGGUGAUGGUGGAGGUAUAGAAGUAUAUGAUACUAACAUGAUUAUUUCCAUCUUAGGGCAACUUCUCCCGGUUUUUAGCGAGGAGCAGAGGAUAGUACAUGCUAGACGAGUUUUAUCGUUGGGUGGCCUGCGGUUGCUCUUAAUAAGUUUUCAGUCUUCCAUCUGUGAGGAGAAGACAUUUAUCGUAGAACUGCUGUGCUGUUGCGUUGAAGCUGAUGCGGACUGUAGGAAUAGGAUUGCUCGAGACAUAAAUCAGUCGAACUUGCUAGAAAUGCUUCACAGUGAACAACUAGUAUCUAGAAAAAAAGCAGUGUUACUUCUGGCUGAACUAGUUUGUUUUAACAGAAGGACCAGAGUGAAACGCUUUUUGGAACGCCUCGGUGAUGAGGAGUUACGAAAUGCAAUAGGCCAUUUAAACAUGUAUCUUCAGACUUGCCCUCUGGAAGAGACACCGUUAGUCGCUGUUCUGAUUCUGCAUAUUGAUCUUCUGUCAGGAAGAUGUGCCAGCAACACAUAUAAACAGAAGGCGGUUGAUGCCCUCACCGCGUCCCUGAUAAGCAGCUUAACCGACAAUGAAAAAGUCCAAAACAAGUGUUGCAGAGCUCUCCUUAUCCUCGGAGGCUUCUUCUCCUCGUCUGGGAAACUUAUGACGGAGGAUUGGAUUCUUAAACUAGCCGGUUUUCCCAAUGGUCCAGAUUCGGAUGAUGCUGAGGAUUGUACAACAGUUACAACGGCUUUUGCGUCCGAAUAUGAGGAAGAAGAGGCUGCGAGGGAGAGAUGGCUAAUGAGUUUGUCAGCUUCACUGGUCGGGGAUGGGAAGAAGUCAUUCUUGGAUGCUGUUUCCAAGUGCCUGAGGUUAGGGAAGCCAGACUUGGUGAGGGUGUGUCUGACAACAGUGGCUUGGUUGAGCUUCUCACUCGCCUCAUUGCACGACACGAGACAUCAGGUUUCCGCCUUCUCUGCUCUAAUAUCUCCACUCAAGCAGUACCUCGAGUAUGGGGUGCUAGUCGAGCAAAGGGCUCUCGCUGCACUUUCUCUGCUAAACUUCAGUACAAUUCCAGAAUGCCGGAUAUUGCUGAUGAAGAUUGGCGAUGAGAUCGGUCCUUCGUUGGAUGAGCUAGCAGAAGUAACAUGGACCGCUACGGAGCUGUAUACAAUCAUAUAUUGCCAAAGGAGGUAGAAGUUAUCCCUGGAAAGAAACACCAUUGUCUUUCUUUCAUGUGAAUUUUCAGUAGUUGUCCUUUUUUAAAUAUGAAUCUUCAGUUGCAGAUUUGCCUUGCAAUUGAAAAUUCAGCCUUCUUACAUCUUGAUUAUUUUAAAUAUCUUGAAUCUAUGAAACUUUCAAUGAUCACCAAUCCAAUAUUAUCUAUAUUAGCCAAUACAACAUAAUAAUUCACUUUUGAAUCAAUCCAUGUUUUAUAACAUAGGGUAACAAACUAAUUGCACAAAUUACAAAAUAAGGAUACCAAUACUAACUGCUUUCUAAUAUAGGAGUAACAUAUUAUGUCUUACUUUUAGUAUCGGAAAAUUUAUAAUAUCUCUAAUUCGUUAUGUACAAACCAAAAAGUAGAGUUGUUUACUUAUUAUUCUAAAUUAAAUCUUAAAGGAGAUAGAGCUGUGACAAGUGAAAAUGAAAGAGAUGAAUGAAGAGAAAAAAAUAGGAGUGAGAGAUAGGCGAGGUGGAAAAAAGGAUGAAUAAUAUGCGGAAUUUAUUUUUAAUUUUUUAAUUAAUUAAAUUAAAUGACAUUAUUUUAAUUGUCAGUAGGUUUUAGUUUUGCCAUAUCAGUUUUAAUUAUUCUUUAGAAGAGAAAUAAGAAAAUUCAAAAGUUUAUGUAAUGUAUUCAAAAAAUAAAAUUCAAGAAAAAAAUAAAAAAAAAAUAUUGAAAGUUUGUGUAUUUACAGAUUCAAAAAUGGUAUUACAAAUCACAGAGUUUGAAAAAUUCGCCAUCAUCUCGUAUUUUUAAAUUUGGGCCAAAUCGACGUUAAUGUGUCACCAAAAUUUCUAUGUUAACAAUGUGUCAAGAAGCAAAAAUGACAUUGUGUUAAUAACUCUUAGAAAAUAAUUCAAGUCGAUCUCACACUUUUAAAAAAGUGGAACUAUUCACAAUUAACCCAUUUUCUUAAUUUGAACAAAAAUCAGAGCUAAUGUAUCAACUGAAAAUAUCUACAUGAACAAAAAAACGAGAGCAUAAAACAAUGUUCUGAUAAUCCAAAAGAAAAAGAUAUUCAUUGUUAUUUUUAAUUGUUAUCUCUUCUCUUCCUUUCUUUUCUCCCUUGUGCAAAGAUAGUAAGACGUUAAUUUAAUUUCUUUUCUCCCUUGUGCAAAGAUAGUAAGACGUUAAUUUAAUUUGGAUGAUAAAAAAAAUUAUAUUUAUUUUUAUAAAUAAUUGAGAAAAAAAAUAAAAUUUCAUAAUUUAAUAGCUAUUCUAUUUUACAAUCUAAAUGAAUAGAAAAAAGUUACUAUGUGGAUUUAAUUAGAUACUCCAUCCGUUUCAUAGUAGUGGCGCCAAAUUUUCAUUUCGAUAUGUUGUAUAGUAGUGGAAUCAUUUACUUUUUAGUAAAAGUCAACACAUUUACUUUACUCUCUUUUACUUUAUUUUUCUCUUCAUCUUUCUAUAAUUUUUAUUUCCUACUUUAUUAUUUAUUUAAUUAAUUCAGUUAAUACCAUCGCGGCGGAAGUGGAAGGAGUUAUGAGUUACUCCUAAUAACGUACUUACAUGC